GCCAUUUUUGAGGGUACCGCCAUAGACCUAUUGCUCAUACUCUGGCGCUCUAAUUGGCUGCUGCACUUUUGGGGAGGUAUGAUGGGAUUUUCUGGCUUGUUAUACAUACUGGAGAGAUAAAUGAGGACGCUUCACGACAGGAUUAAUGAACUUGUCUCUCUUUAUACUAAAAGUUCACCCCUGCUAGAGGACAACUCUGUUAGCGUAGAAUACCUGUUAGACACAAUCGUUUGCCUGUCUUAUGAAUGCAAACUCCCUCAACACAAAAAUGAGAGGAACUGCAUGAAGUUCUAUAAUGCUGUAAAAAAGUAUGUCGACAAGAUUGAAAGUUGUUGGAUAUCAAAGUCGGAAUUUGAAACCAUAAGACUGAUUGGAUCAGGGGCUUUUGGAGACGUAUCAGUUGUUAAGUGGAAAAAUGAUGGAAAGAUAUAUGCUUUGAAAUCUCUCCAUAAGUACGAUAUGCUCAAACGUUCAGAUAGAGCAUGCUUUCAAGAGGAGCGUGAUGUGAUGGUGAAGGCAAUGGUCAGUAAAUCUCUGUGGCUGGCUAAAUUACACCACACAUUUCAGGAUGAAAAGUUCUUGUAUUUUCUUAUGGAUUUUUACAAUGGUGGGGAUAUGCUGACCAUGUUGAGCAAGUUUGACGACAAGAUACCUGAAAGCAUUGUACAGUUCUACGUUUCUGAAAUGGUCUUGGCCAUUGACGCUUUGCAUCAACUGGGUUAUGUUCACAGAGAUAUAAAGCCAGAUAACGUGUUGCUACAAAGCUCAGGUCACAUUGUCCUUGCUGAUUUUGGUUCCUGUUUAAAACUUGGCGAAAAUGGACUAGUGAAGAACAACACAGCCGUCGGUACACCAGACUAUAUAUCACCAGAAAUUUUGCGGGCUUCUGAAGAUGGCCAUGGGACUUAUGGUGUUGAAUGUGAUUACUGGUCUCUCGGAGUUGUGAUGUAUGAAAUGCUCUUCGGCGAAACGCCUUUCUACAGUGAAAAUCUGAUCGAAACUUAUAGUCACAUUAUGAACUUUGAGAAACAUUUUACCAUUCCGACUGAUUGUGUAAAAAUUUCCGAAUCAGCAUGUGACCUAAUACGACAUCUAAUUUGUGACCGGAAACGAAGAUUUGGUCGAAAUGGAAUAGAUGAGUUGAAGGGCCAUGCUUUUUUUAAUGGCAUAGAUUGGGAACAUAUUCAUGAACAAAAUCCUCCGUACAUUCCCGAAGUCACCAGUCCAGACGACACUUCCAAUUUUGAUAUUGAACAAUCUUCUCGAAAUCACGAAGGGCCACCACUUGGACCGAUUUUUCGAGGAUGUCAGGUUGCAUGUAUUGGAUUUACAUUCACAAACAACUCACCACUGAAUGAAUUAGGUCCUACACAUUAUAGAAUGACAUCAAAAGAUAAAUCGGAAUGUCCUGAGGAAAUUUCUAAACCUAAAAGUUCUGAUGCACAUGUUUUGAAUGAUAUUAGUCUACCAUCCGAUCAUAGUGAAAUAUUAAACCCCUCAAAUGCAUCGAAGUUCAGUAGUGAGACACAUGAACCAGCUUUGAUUGAAGUAAUUGAAGGUUUGAGGACAAAAUGCGAAAAUUAUGAAAUGCAAAUAACGGAAUUAAAAGGCACGUUGUCGUGUUAUCAGGAAUCCAAGGGUGAUCAAGUAUCUGUAAAGUCGGAGUCGGACCCCACAACAAUUAAUUUGGAAAAGCAAGAUGUAUCAUCAGGUGAUACUUCAACCGUUAAUACCAUAACACGACAAGUCGAAAUUUUGUCUCAGAAACUUAAAGAAUCAGAAGCCCAGAAUCAACUGAUUUCAGCUACUGUAGAUCUGCUUAGAAAUGAACUCUCAGAACAACAUGAGCUAAGAGAAAAGUUACAGUCUGAAGUACGGGCAUUCGAAGAAGAAAAUGAAACACUAUGUAAGCGUGCCGCAGAUGCUCAGUUAGCUAUCAGGUUGUUGGAGUCAGAGCAUAGUGAGUUGUUAUCUGAGUUAGCUCGAUUACGUGGAGAAUUGGCUUCACAUCGUGAAUAUGAUAAUCAUACUGUAUUGAAUGAUGUACGUGAUUUACUGCAUAAAAAUGAAUCUAGAAGCCUAGAAAACGGGAUAAAAUGUCACAAUAUCUCCAUAUCAUCGUCUUCUUCGUCAUCAUCAACCAAUCUAGUCAAUGGAACACAACAUUCACAUAUUAACAACCAUUCAUCAGAUUCUGAUCUACGGGAACGUUUGUAUGAAAGUGAAACCAAGCUAAAACGGGUCAUGGAAAACCUAAUAAUAGUGAGACACGAAGCACAAAGCUUGAAAUUAGGCUGGGAGUCAGAACAAAAAGAAUGGAUGAAAGAACGUGAGUUGUUAGAAGAGAAGAUUAAGAUAGCCGUUAAUCAAAAGACUAUUGCGUUAGAAGAUGAGUUGACCACACUUAAAGAGAAUAAUGCUGAGCUUGAAAAUAAUAUAGCUAAUUGGGAACGCCAUUUAUUCGAGUUAAAUCAGUGGGUUGAUGAUGAACGUGAAGCUAAAGAAAAACUGCAUAAUUUCACAAUGCGUUUAGUGUCUGAAUUGGAUACACUUCGUGCUUCAGGUUUGGUACAAGAUUAUAAUCAGAAUGGUGUGUGCCCGAAUGGUUAUCAAUCAUCAUGGCGUCCAAACGAUGUGAAUUCUUUAGCUUAUGACAGUCCUGCACAAAGUGUUAUUGUUGAGAACACACUGGACUGGCGUCAACGUAAAUCUACUAAGUUAAAUAAAAUGGAAAGAUGGAGUCAUGAGGUAGCUUUAAAUAAUGAAGUAAAAGCGAGGGAACAAGCAGAACUCCGUCUACAAGAAGUUGAGGCUCGUUUGAAAGAGAUGUAUGAUCAAACUAAUCAAAAAGAUUUGAAAAUUAAGGAACAAGAUCGUAUUAUUGAACAUCUCAAUGCUCAAUUACUUGAAGCCUCCAAUCAGGCACGUUUAUGUCGUAUGAAUAAUGACACCGUCAACGAUGCAGUCAAUUUUAUGCCGAAAGCAACUUCGGAAAAGAACGCAAUGGAUAACAGACGAUCGCUCCCUUCACUUGAUAUUAAUAGCCCAUAUACAUCAACACCAGGACAAAACUCUUGGACUACUUUAGAUGCUUCUGGAGCGUCUCAAACAUCUACUUCGACACACAAAUUUACUUUCGUCACGUUUUUGCAACCAACAAAAUGUCACGUUUGCGGCAGUUUGAUACUAGGUCAGAAGUGGCAAGGCGUUCAAUGUCAAGAUUGUCAAUUAAAGUGCCAUCAUCGGUGUCGUAUGUCUUUACAUACUGUUUGUGCUGCGCCUAAUUCGAAUUGUAUUGAUGGUUCACAUGGCUUUGGUGCUGAUUUUGAAAGUGAUGUAAAGAUGCCCAAACUGGGUGGAAUCAAACGUGGAUGGAUGAAAUACCGUGUAUUUUUAUCUGAUAAGCGCUUAUUCUUUUACGAUAUUGUUUCGGAAUCGUCAAAUAUUGCAGCUUUAAACGGAAGUGGCAAUUCGUUAUCUCCAACUUUUCAAAAUUUCCAUUUAUCAAAUAGUCAUAAUGUUUCUUUGAGUUCAUUAAAUACGUCUACAAAUCCCAUGUUCCAGUCGAACAGUCCAAGUCGAAUUGUAGAUUUACGUAGUUCUGGUUUUUCUGUAUCUUAUGUAACCGCAUCUGAUGUAAUCCAUGCAAAGCAGCAAGAUAUCCCAAAAAUAUUGAAGGUUGUUGUGGAUGAUUAUCUUCCGAGCGCUCCAUUAUUUCUCUUAUUUGAAAGCUCUGCACUUUGUGAAUGUUGGUUUAAACUAAUUCAAGAUGUAUUAAAAUUACUACAGCGUCAUAUCAAUACUGAUAGUGAAUUGCAGUGUUUACAAGUGCGUGAUAUUUCUGUGUCUUCUGUAUCCGUCAUAUUAAAACAAAUUAAUUGUGCUUCAGUUUUAGAUGAAUACCGAUUCUUGGCUGGGACGGAUGAAGGACUCUAUAUUGUUGAUAUUAGGCACAAUAUCAAUACACGUAUAGGUGCACGUAAACCAGUUUAUCAAGUUGAAGCAUUAGCUGAAGAACUUCAAUUAGCUGUUGCUAUACAAGGUAAACAACGAUUCUUAAAAUUAAUACUGGUUGGAUCAUUUGAAGGAAUGAAUUUAAAACCAAUCAAAAUUACUGAACCAAAAUUAUGUACUCGAUUCACUUGUUCAAUGAGUCGAAACAAUACAGUUUGUUUAAUUUGUGUGGCCAGUAAUCGUUCACUGUUCAUUUUUGAAAUUGCACGUGUACAAGGAAGACAUAAACGUUUAAAAGAAAUUUCAUGCCCGUAUAUUGUUCAAUCUAUCAAUUUUGUUCGAGAUGGUGAUUGGAUAUGUGUUGGAUCGUCAAAUUAUUUUGCUAUGUUUAGCAUAUGGACCGAUGGACCCGCUCAAGUUUUAUUACGCGGAGACCUCAUUGACCUUGACUCUAGCCUGGCAUUCUUCCAACACUCACCGUCAGAAGCUCAUUGUGCUGUUCAAUUGGGAGAUGAUGAGUUUUUGUUAGCAUUUGAAAAUUGUGGAGUCUAUAUGAAUAGCAAUCGUAAAAAAACACGACCAGAUAAUCUUAUGUGGCCUGCCAAACUUAUUUCUGGUACUGCUGUUAGCUUUUCCUAUCCAUAUUUAUAUGUAUUUACGGAGGCUGGUUUAGUUGUUUUUAAUGCUAUCACUAGUUGCUGGGUAUCAACACUUAGCUCCUGUCGUGUUCAACCUUUAAGUAUGGAUGCACAUUUAUGUCUUGCACACCUAUCAUCAUCGUCUAUUUCAAACUCGUCGUCUCGUAAAUCAGCAGUUGGUGGUAUCAUGGAUUCUUCUACCAGUAAUGUUGCUACACCUUCCCCACCGUACAUUUCUCCAAGCGAUUUAGUUUCUGGUCAACAACAACAGCAACUGGUACGGUUGAUCCACUUACCUCAAAUAUCCGAUAACAAAGAAAUGUCGAAACAACAAGUGUCGGCGUUACGAAGUAGGCGAUUACAAAUGCCUCAGUCUAGUAUCUUUGGUGUUACGGGGCGCGUGCGUAAAUCUAGUCGUUUCAAUUUGUACUCUCUUGUGGAAGACAGUUUAUCAAGUACUACCCAUGGGGUUAGUCCUGAAAGAUUAAGAAAUUUCCGUUCUCAAUCACAAAAUCGAACUCCACAACCAUCUGUGCAAUCAAACGUACCAUUAAAUCCAACAAGUGGGACUUCUCGUAUAUCACACCUUAUUUCAGGUCCCUCAGACUUUCGUCACAUUUCGCACAUGGGACCUCAAAUAACAGGUGCACCUCUUUUAGAUCUCACUUCUAGCCCAGGGGAACCACCUCUCACAGAGGCUGAACGAAUUGCAAGAUUCAAGUCUGUAUUGGAAGAAAAAUGUGGUAACGGUAACCGAAGAGGUUCUUCACCUAAUAAUAUUCCAAAUGUUUCACUCCACCUUCCUUUUUCCGACCCAAACAAUUCACCAGAUGGUUUUCAUCAUAAUGCUUCAUUGACUCAAAUGUCGACGAUAACAAAAUCCCAAUCUGAUUUGUCUACACAUAUAAAUUAAUGUCUGUAAGAAACAGUCAACUCCUUUUACACACAGAUUAAGUUUAACUGAUUUAGAAUGUAGCGAAGAUCAACAUUAUAUGGAUCAAAAACCUUCUUUUAAUAUUGUAUCCGGUCAAUCCCAACGUGUUCGUUCUUCAUCGUUGCGUCCUAGUGUAAAAACUUUACUUUCCAACUUAGGUGAUGUAACUAAUAUGUAUAAUAAAAAUUCCUCUUCUAAAUCGGGAUCUCACAAACGUAUUAAUGAUGCAUCAUCUUGUCAAAGUAAUGUGUCAUCUGUAGAGAAAAGCAGUGAAGCUGUCACUACACCAACUGCUUUUCCGUCACUUCGACUUUCUAAUUCACCAAGUAUUCAAGAAACAGUGAUGGCCUUAUUUUCAAAGCUUUCCGAUGAUAGUUCUUCAUGUCCUUGAUUUACGAUCAAAUAUCAUUUUUCAUCCUCUUCGUUUAUUGUUAUCACUGGAAGGUCCUACCAUUUUCUAUUUAUAUUCAAAUAGGGAUUGUCCACAAUAUUUUGUGCAGGCUGUGAUUUCGUGGUAAAUAUAACAAUAAAAACUUCCCUUAUUUUCGCGUUAUAUCACUGGACUAGUUUCAGUUUUGUUUAUUUUUUAUUCCGCCAUUGCCAUUUUGCAAACCAUUAAUGCUGCGGAAAUAUCAUCUUAAAAACAUCCUCUGUAUAUUCUUGAAACAUCCUAUUGUUUCUUUAUUUGUGUGUACAUUUUUAUUCUCUUUUUCUACUGAAUACAAUCGUAUUGUUCAUCCUGUCUUCCCUUAGUCUGUUAAUAAUUUAUUUGUCUUGGGUUCAUGUCUCUUUAAUUAACUGACUGUUAACUCUGCAGUUUAAUUAUAUUCAUGCUUAGUCAUUGUAAAUUUUCUUUUCAUUUCUUUCUUGUUUCUGUCUUUUGGAUAAAUAAAAAUCCGAUCACUCCAUUAUGCAACAUCUUUAUUACAUAUGUUACAUAAUCACCAACAUUUUUGUUAACAUAUGUAAAUUCCUUUACACAAUCCAUCUAUAUUUUGCCUUUAUUAAUGUACAAUGAUGGUAUUAAAUAAGAGUUUACUCGUAUAUUUACCAUAUUUUAUAGUUCCUAUUGGUAAUACUAUAUUUAUUCUCAUUCAAAUAUAGUAAAUACCCUUUUUGAAUUGUCAAAUGUACAUCGUUUCUCUGAAAUUUAAGUGAAAUAAAACCGUAUUUUAGUUCUUCAUCAGUUGUUAUUGUUGUGAAUUGAUCUUACUUUAUAAUGCUUAAUGAGUGUACAAUGUAAUGUAAGCAGUUUUAAUAUUGUUUAACAAGAUUUUAUGCCUAAUUUCACGAUGAUUGUUGUUCAUUGUGUUGAAUAAGUCAUGUUAAAUCUAAUUGUUUUGUGACAGUAUUUUUUCUUAAACUUGAAACCAUUAUGUUAUCUGAUCUUUUUUCAUUCAUAGUUUAAAGAACUUAUUGUUCAUGUGUUAGUUUUUUAGUAAUGUGUUCAAAACGGAGUAUAUGUGAUGUGACAUAAUCAUUUUAUAUCAAACUCCAGGUUAUUGGUUAUGAGUAAAAAACCGUAAUCAACAUUUGUAUGUUUAUGGCGUCUGUAUUUUUUAAAGCUUAGAUUAUUUAGUGUGCAUAAUAUAUCUAACCUACUUAAGAAUUAUAUUCAUAUGGUAGGUCGUUUUCUGAAAAGCAUACACUGAAUCUGAAGGUAUUGAGAAACAUCGUGAUAUCUUUCGUUUUUAUGAUGUCAAGCACUGAUGAAGUCUUUUAGGCACUACUCCUGGAAGAUAUUAUAUAUUACAAUUAUUUUUUAAAAUCAAAACAUUCCUCACGCCAGCUAACAGCAUAUUCCAUAAGUUCUGGAAUUCGUCGUACUGUGAUUUCUGGUAUAUUGAUCAUUUGUGUAUUCCAUAUCUUUAGUUAUUUUAGGUGUUAUUAUAUUUACCAAGUUUAGUUUCUUAACCAUGGAAUGUCUAAGUUAUAAAAGCAUUCAAUGUACAGGACUGCAGUUUUUACUAAUACAAAGCCAACCACAAUUAUCAAGCUCUUUCUAUCAUUACCAUGUGAUGUGCCUUGACCUGUGUUCCGUAUGUAAACACAAUAUGGAUCUAUGUGUCGAUACAUGAGGCUUGUGUUGUACAUCUACUUUAAUCAGCAGUUAAUUUGCAGAGAAAUUACCUGCAUUAUUAAUGAAAUAUACUCUGAAUGGAACAAAAUUCGUUACUAAAGUUAUGUGCCAUUUAACAGGACC